AUGCAGACAAGAGAGAUCAUUUUAUUACCUUAAGUGGCCCGAUAAUUUUCCGGGAACUAAAAUUGUUGUAUCCUAACACUGAUUUGGCACAAGUAGAUUAUAACGAAAUGGUGUCCAAAUUGAAAGCCAGACUCGAUAAGACAGAGUCAGAUCUGGUUCAGCGCCUUAAGUUCAAUGUCAGGAUACAGCAAAUGGAUGAAACUUUGGAAGAUUUUGUUCUAUCCGUCAAGCUUCAGGCUGAAUUUUGCAACCCCGUGGCAAGACAUGCUUUUCAGCGUAGCGAACAUCUUCAUGAAUAUGUCCAGCAUACAUUUUGAAAAGUACUUCUCCCGAAUCGUGCGUUUACAAGCAACUACAUUUUAUCCAAACUAUUGUUGGCUACAUAUUUUCAAAUUAUUCAAAAAUAAUACCAGCUAUUAUGGGCAUGUAAAUAUAAUCCUAAAACAUCUUUCUGCACACCAUUCAUUUCAUUUCAAUUUCACUAUUGAAUGUUGUUCGAAUUGCAUCCCCGGACCAUUUCAACUGUGACGCUCAUCACAGUAUAAACAAUAAUAAUAUCUUUUGUUUGAUUCGGAGCGGGAGAACAAGUUACGAAAUAUGAUUUCGUGUAGCGUUUGAUUUCACCUAUCGAUUCACUCCAAUUCGUUAGUUUAUUAUAUUUUAUCAUCAAAUAACAUAAUUCCCAUGGUCAAAGAUGUAAAUCUUGCAAAUUAUUUCGAAAACAAUUUUCAGAUUUAACCAAAACAAAUAGUAAACAAAACACAUAAUGUUUAUUUUCGUACAAUAACAACGGACGGUAAUGAGCUACCGUCCGUGGACAUGGUGGCUAUUGUCAAACCCCUUGUGAUAGUAUAGGACGCCAGGGGGGUGGAAUUUUGUAAUUUCGAAAACUUUAAAGAGAUGGCUAUAAGGGAUCGCAUUGUUGCGGGGAUCCGCGAUAAAGCAUUACAGCAAAGACUUCUCAAUGAAGAAAAGCUGUCUUUGGAAAGUGCGGAAAAAUUAAUAGCGACAUGGGAGAUAGCGAGGAACAAUGUAAGGAACAUGGAUUUUAGUACUGGGAUGGAACAAAUAGCUUCCUUAAAGGCUAAUGGAGGAAACGGGUCUAGGUUACAAAAGUUGGCAGCGACCAUGGAAUUAGCUUCAAGAUCGCUGAAUAAUAAUGAACGGGUGGAACGGGGACCUGUGAAAAGCAGGUUAGGCUAUUCACCGUACCAGAGGGACCAAUGGCGGAACAGACAAUGGCGCAGCAAUCAUGGACAAAGCAGGCAGCUGGAUAAUAGACAAUGGCAGGAUCGAAGGCAAACGGAAGAAGGAGGACAAAGGCGGUGGAAAAGUCCAGACUACUCUCAAAUGAUAUGUGAUUUCUGUAAAGUUAGAGGGCAUAUUAAGCGAAAAUGCUUUAAACUAAAAAACAUGCAACGGAAUGCGGUCAACAUGGUGAAUACAAACGAACCGGCGGACAAUACUGAAACAUAUUUGAGUAAUUUAGUCAACAGAAUGCGUACGGAAUCGGACAGUGAGAAUGAAGUAGAGGAUUCUAAUUGGAAGCGCGCCGGCCAUGGCGCAUCGAACUCAACUUCGUUUCAUUAAGGACCAAAGUCAUUUCAACAAACCUAUCGUUGGCUGGGGGAGGCAACAGCCACAACGGCCAAGAAGCAUUAGUGGUGAUGAAUUUCACGGUUUUCAAGAGCAUGAACUACGACGAGGAAGGAAACGAAGGAAUCCAGCCCAAGACGUUGAUACACCGGAAUCGGAGGACACUAUGCUGAGGCGAUCUAAAAGACUGAGGAAAACGAAUCGAGAUGUUGACUUUGUAUAUUUGAGCUAACAUGGCUUAAUUCGAAUGAUUGGAUGUGUAUGUUACAUUUGCAUUGUAUAGAAUUAUAAGAAUCAUUUUGAAAUACCUCUGAAUCGAUCUGAAUUAUAAUAGAUAGUAUUUUCCCAAAGGGGAAGAGCUGAUGAAUAUCUAUUUAGCGUGUGAGCAAAAGCUCUAUCAGAAACCGUUUAACGGUGAUCGAAGUACAGCGGAUAGGUAUGAAGAGAAGAAAUAAAUUAAAGAUAGAUCAGUUCUGAUCGACAC